AUGGACACUACCACCUCUCCAGUAGUUGCUGAUUCUACAACUCCAAUGAACGCUUGUUCUGAAGGAGUAGUAGUCGUGGAUGGAAUCGAAAUCAACAACGACGAGUCCUCCCAAAUUGCUCAUUCCUCACUUCAACCACCAUUGCACGCGAAUGGAGAAGAAGAAGAGGCUUCCUCUCUCCUCAAGAGAAAGAGAGAAGAAGAGGCUUCUAAUGAAGAUGGUCAUGAUAGUAAGGCUCUUGAUGCUUCCUCUGAAGGCACAGUCGGCACCAAUGAGGAGUCUUGUAACCAUGAAUCUCAAACCAAAAAGACAAAGUUGGUCGUCGUUGAGAGUUCUGAAUCAACCAGUGAAGAGGAUUCUUCGACUCAAAAGGUUUUUGAUGACGAUGAUGGAACAGUUCAUGGCCAGGAAAUGGAGAUUACUAAGGUGUCAAACUCAGAGGAAACAUGUGACUCUCAUAAUGCUACAAUUGAGGAUGACGAUUCGGUCGAACUUACACUCUUGUAUGAAGAUAAGGAACGUGCCUUGAGUUUUUAUAAGGCUGUCUUUGGUGUGGAGGUGAUCGAGGAAAGUGGUGCCAGUGUUCAAUCUCCAUCUUCAUCACCAUUGCCCGUCAAUGAAUCCACAACCUCUGCGAAUGAAAAGGAGGAUCAAGAAGAAACCAAGAAGGACGGUGAUGACUCGUUUGAACCUGAUUUCAAACUGAAGGGAUACAAGUUGAGAGGAACUUUGAGUCCAAAGAAGAAGCAACGAUCUUCUUCACCAACUAUGGUGGUUGCUACUUCAGAAUCUUCAACAGCAGCUAGUUCAACUGAAGUCAACCACGAUCAAUCAUCAAGCGGCGUGACCACUGAAAGUAAGAUCUAUGUACCUGCCGACAAGUUACAAAGCACUCUUGAGAAAAUUAAGGAAUUUUCAGGUGCCUCCUUGUUAAUGGUGGGCGAACAAGAAUUUCCAGCCGUGAUUUGUCCAGAAGGAAAUAAGCUGAUACUCGUUCCAACCAGUGUCUAG